CCGGGGUGUAAUGUAUACGUAGGUGGAAACCGCGCAGCGGACGGCCGCCGCCAUCGGCUUCACUUGGCAAUCGGCGCUCGUUGCCGCAGGCACUAAAAUGCCCCCGCUGUCGUCGUCCUAUGCACUAGUCCAGCAACUGAAUGCUGAAGGCAACUCCAACAUCUUCCUGUACAAGCACAUUCCGUCGAACGACGUCGUCCUGGUCAAGACGAUUCAAGUUGCCGCAGCGAGCUUGGACAAACUAACAGGCGACACCGCGGCAUUCAACGAAAUGCAUAUCAACAAUAUCAUCAACAAGCACCGCCAUGACGGCAUUGUGUCAAUGCGUGAUGGUUUUGUUGCCAAUGGAGCCCUCCACUUGGUGUUUGACUAUAGUGCUGGGGGCGACCUGCUGACGCUAAUGACGAAGAAAUUCUCAGCGUCGUGGGCGGAAGCGCAUGCUAUCGCUAUCUUUCAGCAAGUGGUUUCUGCCGUGAACCACCUCCAUGGCCUCGAGAUUGCACACGGCGACAUUUCCCUGGAAAACAUCGUCAUCACGGACCAGCGCGACGCCCCCAUCUCGGUCAAGCUCUGUGACUUUGGCCUCGCCAUCGUCCACGAUGUUACGCGAUAUACAGGCGUCGGCAAGCUGUAUUACAUGAGCCCCGAGAUGCAUCUAAGAAGACCGUACAACGCACAGGCCAGCGAUCUUUGGGCUCUGGGGAUUCUUCUCUUCAUGCUUUUGACAGGCCGCCCGCUCUUUGAGAAGGCCACGAUGCUGGAUCCGACCUUUCACCGCUUCUUCCAUGCCCAGGCUUCGGAUCCGUCGACCGGCAUCAAAGCAGUCCUCGACGCAUCGCCGCAUUCUUCCACGUCUACCUUGACCCCCGACGCAGUCGAACUCAUUACUCGCCUCUUGCGUCCGCGACCUGCCGACCGCUUGUCUGCGGCGCAAGUUCUACUCCAUCCCUUAUUGAAAUGCAAACCUCGCCCUUUCAUACCGACCAAACUGACUCGGCAACGCCGAGCCAUGAGCUCUCCCGCACCCCGCCAUUGCCACUGUUCCAGAGCCCCCGUCCUGCCGCGGCUGCCAGUCUCGUACUUCAAGUCCAUCACCACGACCAUGUGACGUCGCCGAAUUAUUUAUAGGUUCCAUCGUUCAUUACUCGACUUUGUCUUUUUCGUCGGCGGCCGUGGGUCCCGGCGCCGUCCACUGCCAAUACGUCGUGUAUACCAGCGCCAGGACAAAAUGACCACACGAGUACAGGGCAAACAAGUACUCGUGGAUGUGGGGGUACUUGGAUGGCGGGGCCACCGACCAGGCCAGGACUUGCAAGAUCGCAAUGCCCACAAUAGAUGCCUACCAUGGAUUUGGUGGGGAAAGUGCAGAUGA